AUGAAAAAGAAAAAUCUAGAUAAUAGCUAAGAUGAAGAUGAAAAAGAACAUAUUUAGAAAAAACCAAAGUAUUUAAAUCAUAUAGAUGCUUUAAAAUUUGAUGAUGAUGAAAAAAGAAGGAAACUAGUAGCAAAAUAAAUGGUUUAAGAGAUAUUUAAAAAAAAUUAUGGAGAAGAUUCUAAUAAAAUACUAGAAAAAAAUUUCAAAGAAAUAUUUAGAAUUAAAAAUGAAUUUCCAAAUGAAGAUAUUUAAAUUUGA